CUGCAAUGUUAUGCAAAUAAUUUGGCAAAUAUAUAAAAAUUGCAGAUACAAGCAAAACAUUAGUUAGUUGGUUAAAAUAGUCCUAAAAUGUUACCUCUUGUGGUAUUAGUUGUUUUUUCACUUUUAUCAAAAAAUUCAGCAGAGCAGUGGUUGAUGAAUUACAAGUAUGACACUGAUUCUGCAGAAGAGGGAAACAUAAAUAAUUUCAAUAAUGAUGAUUAUAAUAAUUAUGAUUUUGAUGAUUAUGAUAGCGGAUGGGAUCAAAUGGAACAUGAUAUUCAGCUUCUAGAAGACACUAAUUCUCUAGAAAUUCGAGGGUUACCAUCAGCAGGACACAUGAGGAAGAAUAGGCAAGGCUGUCGAGAAAGAACAGAAGUGUACGAAGUUCCAAAAAGUUCAAUACAUGACGAGAUAUAUCCAAAGAAAUACCGCAACAUAACUUGUGAACCCGCUGAAGGACAUGACAUAACGGUGUAUCCUCUUUGUCACGUGUAUAAUCCAAAAUGUGAAACAGCCCAUCGUGAAGUUCCCAUUUUUAAAAAAUACGUCAAUUCAGGAAAAACUUGUUGGAAAUAUGAAGCCACUAUUCAUGUGCAAACUGGAUGCAAGUGUCCUAAUAACUGAAUGUGUAUAGAACUGGAUUUUCCUUAAUAUUUUUAUCAGAUUUAUAUUUGUAUGAGUAAAUAAACCUUACUA